CAAUCACCAUAUCCAAGAAGGAGUAGUCUAGAGUACAUUGCGGCUCCACGACAGCCUCACUCUCAUGUGAUGGCCUCGUUCCUGGGUUCGACAGCGUAUAGAGGGGCUUCACUGCUCCAGGGCUCCUCGCCUUUCCGAUCCACCGCCUACACCUGCUCCAGCGCCUCUCAGCAUCGAUACCCAUCAAAUUCCCAGCAACGCUUAGCCUCAAGUUCUGCAUCGUCUUCAUCAGCAUCUCCUCUUUCCUUUCCAUCACACCUCUCAAACCCAUCGCCAUACGACAUCUUCCAUCUGCCACGCUCCUCACAGCCCCAUGAGGUUAAGUCGCGCUACUACGACCUAGUCAAAACGCUCCACCCUGACCGACGGCUGGCGAGGCAGCGAAGUGGCAGGCAGUCACGAGAUCAACAUAGCAGUGUCCAUGACCGCAAGGGCAAGCUGAAGGCCUCGACGUUUUCGGCGGCGCUGAGUGAGGAGGAACGCGCCAAGGAAGAGUUUCGCCUGGUAGUGAAAGCGUACCAGCUUCUCUCCGAUCGAGACAAGCGGGCGAGGUACGACCGCCUAGGUGUUGGAUGGGACGGCUCCUCCUCCUCUGCUUCCUCGUCAAGCAAUCCUUGGGGGGCGUCUGACGCAGAAUGGAUGGAGCUUCGCCGUCGAGCGAAUGCAGCAGGCUGGCCAACGGGCAAUCCUAGCGGCGGAGCCUUUCACGGCUGGAAUAGUCAGCAAGGCCACGAUACGUACGGUUGGCAGCGCUAUGCCCAAGCCAGUUCAGACUUCUAUGCCCGCUCGUCCGGGCCGAGACCAUCACCACACGGCUCCUCCUUUUCCUUCGACCCGAACUUCACUCCUCCUCGCGCCCAACCACGGUACGCCUCUAACAAGCGUUUCAUCAGCAUCGUUGCGCUAGUGACCUGGACGUUGGCGCUUUUUCAGUUCCACAGACUGAGCAAUCAAUCUGCUGCGGCGGUCACGAUGGCGGACAAGCGGCAUUUGGACGCGGUGAGGAAUUUGGAUGAGGCGAGGGUGCAGGCCAAGAGCGCAGAGGGAAGGCAGAGGCUGGAGGCUUUACGGAGACGGGCGAGGGAGGAGAGGGUGGUGAAAGAGAUUGGGGAUGGGAGCGCCAUGCAGAGUACUCCGAGGCCGCCAAUGCUACCAGCCCCGUCGUCAGGCGCUGCCGAAGAAAAUCCGUGGGGCGUAGGUCAUGGCGGGCCUAGUGGCAGGGCGCAGCAUGAUGACAAAAGAAGGGCGGCUGAGGCGAGAACUGGUGCUGGUGCUAGUGUCUAGAUGAGCCACAAGAACAAUCGCAUAUGCGGCAUCCAUCCCACAGAAG